AUGGGGCGCCCACGAAUGGUCCCUGGCAGCUUCUUUCAACUUUGUUUCCUGGUAGGCAUUUUGGCCGCAUGUGAAGCGAUUGAGUGCAAGUGGGCUUACGCCGCGCCCGAACUUGGAACUAGUCGCCUGCUCAUCUACGACGGCAAACCACCGCCUGCAUCUCACAAUGGCGGCGUGUCGUCACUGGCUCCGGUGGCAUGGGCGAACUUCCGCGACGACAUCCAGAACAACGGGUGGGCCUACCUAGAGGUGGAAUCAAGCCCGAACGUAACGGACGAAGUCCAGGCGUACGCUGCCGGCGCCCUCGAAGCUUAUCUCACGCGAUAUCUUAUGGAAGCGCAGUGGGAGAAUAUGUUCGCCCACUACUGCGACAACCAGACGAAGUUCUGCGCAAAACUUUACGAUUUCCUGCAGAAAAAUCUCGACUACUCGUAUUUCAAUGAAAAACGCCUGAAAGACAGUGACCUAUACUGGAACAUGGUACACCUCCAAAUGCGGCAGCUUCAAGGCUUGAGUGACGCCUUCGAGAACGCCACACUUGACACGUCCCGGGAGCUUACAAAUGUCACCAGAGCUUUGUUCCUCAGCCUUGUGGGAGACUUCAUCGACCUUGAACCAGCGUUUCAGCGCACUGAAGACGCGAACUCUUUGAGCUUGGUACCGGCGUGUUCGGCACUAGUUAAAGUGCUCAGGAACAACACAGACCUCUACGUGGGCCAUGAUACCUGGUUCCUGUACAAAAGCAUGCUGAGAAUUCAGAAGAAGUACACCUUUCCCUGGCACUAUGCCCCUGACACUACGGGACCAGAUGAUAUAAUUCCUGGCCACACAAUAACCAUGUCCUCCUAUCCCGGAAAGCUGGUCUCCUCGGACGACUUCUACUUGACGUCAGCCGGACUGGCUGUCAUGGAGACGUCAAUUGAGAACAGCAACCCCGACCUGUGGCUACUGCUUGAUCCAGAGGCGGCGCCACUUACUUGGGUACGCGCCAUGGUGGCGACGAGGUUGGCUACAUCAGGACGAGAAUGGGUUGACAUAUUCGCGAAGAAAAAUAGCGGCACAUACAAUAACCAGUGGAUGAUUGUUGACUACAAGCUGUUCAAGCCUGGAAGUGCCAUUGUGAACGAUACGCUGUGGAUUCUUGAGCAAAUGCCUGGUAUAAUGCGGCAAAGGGACGUAAGUGAUAUUCUUCGAAAGCAGAGCUAUUGGCCGAGCUACAACAUUGCCUACUUUGCUGACAUCUUCGUGAUAAGUGGCCAAACGGCACUUGUGGAAAAAUAUGGAGACUACUACAGUUAUGAUAAGGCGCCCAGGGCAAAAAUCUUCUGGAGAGCCCACAGUGAUGUUUGGAACCCAGACUCCAUGACAGCGGUAAUGAGGUACAACGACUACACCCGCGAUCCAUACUCUCGCUGCAACUGCACUCCUCCGUACAACCCGGUGUAUGCCUUAAUGUCUCGCUACGACCUUCUUGAUCCGCAUGGAAAGUACGACGUCCCAACAAUGAACCGACAGCCAGUCGGUGGCCUCGAUACGAAGUUUACCACGUACAACAAGUUCAAAAAGUUGCAGUUCAUCGGAGUUAGCGGGCCGACUUGGAACCCGUUGCCAUCGUUCAGGUGGAGCACGAGUGGUUUCAACGACAGUCACAUCGGCCACCCGGACCUUUGGGACUUCGGUCCUGUGGAAAACGUCUGGGGAUCCUGCACAUAAUUUGAUAGUGGCUGCUACGAUAAAAAUAAACCAUCAUGA